AUGCAGAUCUGCAGGUGGCUCCAUCCACGACACGACUGGAUAUUCCAGGAGAAGACUGUGGUCCUGCCACAAGUGCAGUACUCGCCCUGGAUCCUGGGCUCGCCCUACAACUACCUCAGGAGCUGGUGGUCGCCGCUGGACGACGUGGUGGCCGUGCGCCAGCUGACCAGGCCGCUGCAGCACCUGGAGGGCCCGCACUGGGACCCCGACAAGGCGGCCCUGUUCUUCGUCGACAUCCAGCAGCAGCUGGUCUGCAGAUACGAGCCCGCCGCCGCCGAGCUCACCAGCGUCAAGCUGGAUGGGGGUCCCGUGAGCCUGGUGGUGCCGGUGAAGAACAGCGCGGACCGCUUCGUGGCUAGCGUGGGCCGCGACCUGGUGCUGCUCACGUGGAACGGCCUCAACUCGUCGACUGCCGCCAGCACCCGGGUGCUGGCCUCUGUGGACGAGGACAAGCCCGCCAACCGCUUCAACGACGGCAAGGCCGACUCCAUCGGUCGCAUCUGGGCGGGCACCAUGGGGGCAGAGCCGACGGUGGGCAAGGUGGACCCCAACCAGGGCUCCCUGUACUCGCUGAACACGACCAGCACGCAGGCGGUGAGGCACGUCUCCAACGUGACAGUGUCCAACGGCCUGGUCUGGGACUCCACCAACACCAUCCUGUACUGGACCGACACCGCCACCCGCAGAGUGGACGCCUUCGACUUCGACGUCGACGCCGGGACGAUAGCAAACCGUCGCCCUGUGUUUGACUUCGCCGCCCACGGCAUCACGGGCUACCCGGACGGGAUGACCAUCGACUUCACGGGCUGCCUGUGGAUCGCCUGCUUCGAUGGUGGGAAGGUGAUCCAGGUGAGCCCGUGGGACGGCCGGCUGCUGCGCGCCGUGGAGCUGCCGGCGACCCGGGUGACCUCCAUGGCGUGGGGCGGGCCGCUGCUGGACCUGCUCUACGUGACCACCUCCCGGGCCGGCCUCAGCGAGCAGCAGCUGAGGCAGGAGCCCGACGCAGGCUCGCUGUUCGUGGUCAGCGGGCUGGGGGCCGGCGCCCGCCCCGCGCACCCGGCCGUGCGCCCCGAGGCCUACGUCUGAGCGGCCUGCUCCCUCCCGUGCGUCACACUACCCUCACACAUUCACAUUUGCUACUCUUCCUUCAAGUUUUAAACAUUGUUUCACUUCUCCUUAAACAGUUAUCACUUCAUGUAUUAUUUUCUUUCCUGGUUGUUCCAUCUGCCUUAAUUUAAAAAAAUUUCUUUGGCUUAGUAUUCCUGCAUUGCAUAAUUUUUUUAGUUUUUUUUUUCUCUUCCUCCUUUUCUUGAUGGAUUGAUUGAUACACUUGCCAUUGGGCUUCUGUCUGGUGGCAAGAAGUCAUCCCCCCCCCCCCUUAUCACCAGUUCUGAAGCCUCUCCAAGUCCUUUCUUCUUCUCACAUACAGUAUCUUUCCAUCUACCUCAUUCCACUCCCACCCAGACCUCACCAGGAAUACUCGCUUCUUCUUUCCAUUCUUCUCUACUCUCUCUGAAUCUUCCACCCAUGAUCCUUGUUCACCCUGUCUCCCGGCACCCCUCGCCCCUUGUCAACCCUAAAAAAAACUUUACAAUCUCUCUUCUUUUCUCCUUAUGUGUAUUAAACAUCAAUGCAAGUGUUUGUAACUGUGCAACCGAACAACAGAUGCAGGAGAUAUUUUGUGAUCAGUUUACAGGAUUAGAUGUUAAAAUAAUAUAGUAUCAUGCUCACUUAGAAUACAGUAUUGCCAGAUUGAUACUGCCCAGUUUCUUAUAUUUUAUACCACUGUUAAUUUUUUUACUAUUUUUAAUAACAUAAAAUAGAUUCUAUUGACAAUGUUUUCGCAGAUGUAAUAAUUAUGACAGAAAAAAAUAAUUGAAUGGUAAAUAAAAAAAAUUUAUUCACAUCAGAAA